AUGACGCGGCCUCCUAACAAUGAUAAUCUUAUGACGUUUAAGCUGGUGGUGGUUGGAGAUGGAGGCGUCGGAAAGAGUGCUCUGACAAUACAGUUUUUCCAAAAACUUUUUGUCACUGACUACGACCCUACUAUCGAAGACAGUUACAUCCAACACACCGAAGUCGACAAACAAUGGUGCAUUUUGGAUGUACUAGAUACUGCCGGCCAAGAAGAAUUCAGUGCCAUGAGAGAGCAGUACAUGCGAAAAGGCGAUGGAUUUUUAUUAGUUUACUCUGUAACUGACAAACAAUCUUACGAAAACAUCGUUAACUUUUACACUCAGAUUCUGCGAGUCAAGGACAGAGAUGUGUAUCCUAUGCUGCUGGUCGCCAAUAAAGUUGAUCUUGUUCAUCUGAGAAAAGUUACUGAGGAACAAGGCCGAGAGCUAGCUCAUCGUCUAGGAAUUCCGUAUAUUGAAACAUCAGCGAAAGAUCCGCCGCUAAAUGUCGAUGCAGCUUUUCAUGAGGUCGUACGUAUUAUACGGAAUCAACCGCCCACGGACUUUGAUAAGAAACGACGGAAACGACGACGUUCCAGCAAGUGCAAUGUACUGUGA